AUGACAAAAGAUCUUCCAGCUACUACAAAUGUUGAAGAACAAAGAGGAUCUACUUCAGUAGACCUUUUAAACAUAGAAAAAGAAUGUUCUUCUCAUUCUUUGAAUGUGAAGAGUGCCGAAGAAAGCAGAGAAACAGACAUAAUUGAUACACAGAAUGUAAGUGAAACAUCAAAGGAAGAAACGAACAUAGAAGAAGAAAGUGUUGAAUCACCAGCAAUUAAUGUUGAAGUACCACAAGCAGGCAUUGUGGAGACAGAGCCAUCAGAAACCAAUGUUAUCAAUAAUGAAGAACUAGCACAAACUGUAUUACCUUCGGCUCCCGUUAUCCUUGAACCCGAAGCUGUUAUUAGUAGUCAAAUAAUUGAAGUUACCAAGGAAAGUAUAAAACCAAAGAUACUAUGUGUGCCAUUAGAAGAAGCUGUAAAGAUAUUUGGAGGCAGGGAAAUAGCUGAGGUUAGGGCAUUAAGUGAGAGGGAGGAAGCUUUUGUGGAGGCUGGACCAAAACAGAAUCCGGAUGAUCCUUUAGUAGAUUUACUGUCUACUUUUAGGUCUUCAUUAAUUGCUGUAGAACGUGAACGAAACAGGAUUACUUGUGGGUACAUUGAGGAGGAAAAGUCGCGUUCAACACUAUGGAAAGUAGAGAAACGGAAUGUAGUUUUAACAGAGAGAUGUGGCUGUGGAACCAAUGUCAGUUUACGAGCUAGCUAUGAUGUAGCUGAGUUGAUGAAGGAAAGGUUACCAGCAGCUAGACUGAGAUUGGAAUCUUUAUUAAGAGAAGUCCAGGAGACUUAUUGCCAUCACCAAAACGCAGCUUUGUUGGCACAUUACGAUAUAGAAGAGCUGUUAUCGGAGGUAGUUCAGGACUCUAAGGAUAAAAUGCGUGAGGCGUUAGCAUUAAUAUUUCAAGCGAUGCGUCUGGUUGAUGGCGUUCCCGACUCGUUCGUUCAAGCGUUGCAGCGCUGGGCCGGUAUACUGGCGACUGCUUUACUAGAAACUAAUGACAUGGCGAACCUAUUAUUCUUAAUGCACUAUCUCUUCAGACAAACUCGCUCAGUGCUGUGGGCCACAUCAGUGAUUUAUCUGCGGGUAUGGGACGUUGGUUCCGUAGCUCAGUUGCUGGCACUGUUGGAGAUCAUGCUGACCAGACCUUCGUUGGAGGAGGCGGUGGAAUGCAUUGAAGAAGGGGAGGCAUGGGAAGAAGUGGAUGAAGUAGGGGAAGGAGGAGCGGUUGGGGAGGGGAGGCUGCGAGAAAAAGAUCUACUAGCAUUUCUAGAGGCUUUGCCGCUAAGAGACAUGUUAGCGCGUCUACUUCUGUUCAAACGACAGGACUUAAAUCAAGAGACAGAAGACGCUUGGGGCGACCGCUCAGGAGGUCGUGAUGUACUGAAGGCGUGUUUCGGUACACGCACACUACUACACGUGUUCCAGCGUGCUACACACACACACAACACAUACACGCGCCUGCACGCACACAUGCGACAUCUAGUGGUAGUCUUGUUGAAUGCUCUCGCUGGACUUCAUCUGCAUUCUUGUUCCUAUUACAUUAAAGAGUUAGAAGUUAAGAUAUCAGUUGAAUUGGAGGCUUGCUUUGCUGCUGGGUUCGUUUUACUAGGAAACGAGGUCGAUAAGUUACCAGCGACGUUAUUAAGAGGUGUUGUCGCUAAGGAGUAUUGUGUCGCGUUCAUGACGGGGCUACAUGAUUCGUCGCCUCACAAAGUGGAGUCGCUUUUAUUAGAGAUAGUUGGUUUGCCGUGCGAUGUCCAUGUUAGAGUAGUGACUCAGGCGGCCGUAGAACGUGUGUUGGAUCAUGCCCUAGCAACUAGCGUCCUUGAAUUUCUAUUCCAGACGGGUAUGAAACCCAGACAGGUGGCAUGUAAGGGAGUAUGUGUGACAACAAGUCGUCAGUUGAUGCCUGAACUAUUAACGGCCCACCCACGCCUGCACACUACCGCCUUCUACAUGCUGGCUGAUGCUUACCAAGUCGCUCCCAAUACAUCGUCCAUGCAGGCCGUGUCUCCCGGUAGCUGGCGGCCGUCUCCCGCCGCUCUAUCUUCGGUCCUAGAGCAGUGGGAGCUAAAGUGUCCAUCACGAAUACCGAGCCUGCUUCUCAAAUUGGACUAUACGCCGCAUGUCGGUCUUUCCCUCGAGACACAGCUAUGCGUCGGAUCGUGGUUGUGUUCGAGGGGCGAAGCGCCCGAGUGGUCGUGGGAGGUGUUGCGAAAAUUGAGGGUACACCGGACGCAGUGGGGCUUACCGUUUGACGCACCGACCUACGAGCCACACGACUUACUGAGCAAAGCUUUCGCAUUAAUGGCUGGGGAUUGGGGUCACUGCAUACCCUUGAUCUGUGGUCCCGGGGCCGAAGCCCUAUUCGAGUUGUCUCAGUUGCGACCCCUGGACGCGGUGCAUUGCUUGGGUCCCAUUAUGAUGGUCAUGACACAGUCACCUGAGUCUAUCUCCCUCACUCCCAAAUUCUCCGAAAUAUUCUCAGUCAUCUUCAACCACGGCGCGUAUUUCCUUCCGUAUUUGUUCCGCCGUCCGUGCCCAGCGGAAAAGGCCCUGCAGACUCUGGUCAUGGAACAAAUGGGGAAUGCCGGGCCCGGCUGGCCGAUGGUGUCUUGUUGGCUGCACGCGUUGUGGUCCCCGAAGGUUCCAGCUCAAAGUCGUCACAUCCUGGACCGAGGAGUGAUUCUAUCCCGGGCCUGGACCGCGCUCGAUGAACACGUGAAGGGACGUUUACAGUUGCAAAACGCCAAAGACUAUAUAUCUGACGCUGUGAAACACGCCGCCGAAGCUCCAGUGGUUUGUGAGAGCGUGCUUCGUAAUCUGCACGCUAUGGAACUGGCGAACCCCGCGCAUAAACGACUGAUGGAGGAACUAGAGCGACAGAGAACGGCUGGGGAGAAGAUACAUGUGGAUAAUGCUAUGAAGACGGUGGGCUGGUGCUUGCCGUCCCAGGAGCUGAGUAUCUACCGCUGUUGUCGCGGCGUGAAGGCCAGCGGACCACAACACCCUGCUCACCUCCUGCUAACACGACUUAUGAUGCAUAUAUACUUACAGCGGUAUAGGCCAAAUUCUCCACCCGUCGGAACACUAUACUUCAGCGGGUUAAUUCACACAAGACUGUAUCUCUUACAAAUCAAGGAUAAACUUCAGGAAUUUGCGACUUAUCAUAAAAAUCAAGCGAAUUCAUUGAAACCGCCCGAGGACACAGUGCACAAUGAACAGACAAUAUCUCAGAAAGUCUCACCAAUUGUAGAUAAUAGUUUAUUUCCAGCACUCAAAAUAAAAGAUCUCGUGGCUCAGAAUAGUAUUGAAGAGAAAUAUGAAAAUAAUGAGCCCAUAGAUAAUUCAAGCGAAGGAAUAAUGAAAGAAAAUCAAGAUAAGAUUAAUCUCAUAAGUUAUCACAUGGCUGUGGAAAAAUUGUUCCGUCAGUAUGUCCUCUGGCUGAAUGAAGGCGACAAGGUCCGCGCCGGGCCGCAGCACGCGGACAUCGCGACUGUACUUAGCGAACAGGCUUUAGAUGCUGCGUGGAGGUCGUUUCUUAAGACUACACCAGAAUCUCCUCCCCCCUCCCCUACUACAGAGAAAGUUUCCACAGAACACUUGACGCACUUCGAGAGAACCGUUAAAGCGUUACGGACUGUUAAAAACGGAAUGAAAGACAGAUCUCGCUCGUCCUUGCCGGCCGCUUUAAACGAUUCCUACUUCAAGAACAGCCACAUGCUAUAUGAAUUACUUGAUAGCAACAUCAAUGCUUUGAAGAAUGUUACCGAUCAGUGGUGUAAUGAUGUAAGCCGCGUGUGUUCUCUGGACGGUCAGCUGUGGGAGCUGGUGAAGGUACUCCGCGUGCCCCGGACCCUGCCUCCCAUACGGCAGAGCUGCUCGCACUGCCACAGUAAUGUCGUUGUAACAAUAUCUGAAGACGAAUGGUGCGUAUCGUGUGGUGCAGCUCAGGGGAUUAUAGAGAACAGACGUAGUUUUCGUUCGUCGCUGAGAGGACUCGCUCGCCCGAGACCGUCAGCUGCUAAGGCGGCCGCCAUAUUGCGGUCUAUGGCCAGACGCGUGCAGAGCCCGCCGCUCGCGCUGGGCGUGUGUACCCGCGCGUGGGCCGCCGUGCCCGCCGUGGAGCGAUACGGACCAGCGGUGGACGCUCUCGCCUCGCUGGUGGAGAGCCUCGUCACGAAAUUCCUAUGUCGCGACAUCGACACCUGUCUCCGCUUGCUAUCGUCGUGGUGUGAGGGUAGUUCUGUGCAGCAACGCUUAUGCGGCUCGUUGCUGAGCAGCGCGCGUCAGCAGCACUGUGCGCGACUGUACCAGGCGGUACUAGACCUGCCUCUACCGCCGCAUGUCACUUUCAGCUUUUUGUCCAAGUUCGAUCUCCAGAGCUGGUCGGAGACAGUGGAUUCUUCACGACGGAGUGAACUGUUAGAGUCUAUAUUGAAAGCGGCUGAGAAAUGUGGCCCCGCGCCCGACACUGAAUACUUGGUGCUAUUGGAGCAACUGUGUGUACAUUCGCUGUCAGUGGUCCGUUCUUCGGAGUUGUGUCGCCACGUGUCCCGCGUGAUGUCCGCGACUGUACACGGCCGACUGGCGCCACACGCGUGCGCGAUGAUACCCGCCGCGGUACAGCGGUGUGCUGACGUGGAUUUUGAUCAGCUAGGUAACCUCCUUCGUGACAUCGGCUCCAUGUGGUGGACCGCUCGCUCAUCCCGUGUCCUCCGUAAUUCAGAACGCGUUCAGUACUCUCUAUACGCGGUCCACGUGGCAGACAUAUUGUACCAAUUGACGCACGCCUUCGUUGAAUCCGCCAUUAAAUGCAGCUACACGCCCGAAAGAGUAUCUCGGUACGCGUGGUCUGCCACAGUGGAGUCGUGGUCGCCGUGGUUGUCCCCCCACCCCUGCCUCCCACUCCUGCCACAACAGACCACAGACCACAGCAACAUGCUGACCAGAUUCACGGAUACCAUAGUUAUGAUCAUGCAUCUGUGUCCAGGUAGCGAGCAACAUCUACUACGUCACGCGUUUGACUGGACGGCCCACACGUAUUUGCUCAUGGAGCCCCACUGGCCGGACGAGAGUCGUUUAUUGAUGACGUCACUGAUGACGUCACUCACCGACCUGCCUUGGACGCUGCAGUGGUUCCACAUAGACAGCCUGCAGUUAGCUUUACAGAUCUGUUCCAAUCCCCGCGCGGAUGUUGUGAGUUGGUUGUGUCACACGCUGCAGGCGACAUCUGGUGAGUGUUGGUUGCGAGGUGUGCAGCAGACUCAGCAGCACUUAGAAGCAGCGCUGGACGGACUGCUGGCUCUGUUUACUGCCAGAGAAUUGCAGCUGCCGACAGAGUGCUACAAAAGCGUGUGUAUUCUUCCCUGGUGGCUGCUCCCUCAACCCUCGUUGGAGUCAAGUCUGAGGAAGUUCUUCGAAGAGCAUCACUCACCACACACGCCCUACCACGAGGCGCCGCAGUUCAAGGCGUUGUUAUCCGCGUGUUUCCUGUUCCCCGCCGUGCCCUCUGCCGGGAGCCUCCAAUGUCCGCCCACGGUCGCCCACGUCCGCCGAUGCCUCUUAGUAUCCGAGUGGACUCGCGCCGCCUGCUCGCCCACACUGGACGCCCACGUGAGCGGAUACUGUGACCACGUGCUCAAUGUCAUCACAGAUAUUGCUCCUCAUAUAGAACAAUACGAAGGUGAGGUGGAGGAAUUGUUGAGUCGCGCCAUCGUCAUCAUGUGUGUGGAGCCCGCGGCGGCUAGUGCGAUAUCGGUAUGGCAGUCCCGGGUUCGUUCCUGGCCGCUGCCUCUCGUUCUGAGCUGCUCCUCCGCGUGCCCCUCACUCAUCACGCCGGAGUACUUCUCAUCACUCGCCGACACUGUAGCCAAGAGAGUCAUGGAACAAGCAUCUAACGGAUGGUCGUUAUUGGCUGCUCGUUGGUCUUCCUGUGUGUGGUGGGGUCUGGGUGCUCUCCUACAGCGGGGGGCGGCGCACUUGGGGUACGCGUUACACCGGGCUGGGGCUGCGGGACUCAAGGAUGCUCUUACAGCACUCGGGGGCGGAGCCCUACACUUAUCAGAAAACGAGGAGAUAGCGGCUGUGUGGAUAUGUGUGGCGUUCAGGGUCAUCAUGAGGGAGAGGGAGGAGGAGGAGGGAGGAGAGGGGAGCUGCAGGGAGGAGGCGAGGAGGAUGCUGGGGAGGUGGAGCGAGAGGAAGAGGAGCCUCAUACAGCUGGUGACGAGACACGUGGACGCGGACUGGCCCACAGACAGACUGCAGCUCCUAAGUCGGCUCGCGUUAUACAUAAUUUCUCCGUCUGAAGAAUCCUUAUCAUCCUACGUCAGCGCCCAUACUUCCGUUUCCGCCUCUGGAGUGCCCGCGGUCCCGGACCGGAGCCCUACGAGUGUUGCCUUCGCAGCCGCCGCUCUUUAUCCACUGAAGAAGGCUUACUUCACGGAAGAACUAGAUAUGGCGAAGCGUUUGACUUGA